CUCCUCCCUCCCUCCGCGCAUCCAGGCAGCCGCACCACCCGGCCGUAUGGACCCUGCUACGUCCCUGAGACUGUGGAAUCUGCCGCUGCUCCUGGUGGGUUCAGCUCUUGGUCUCGCUUCAGUAUCUGCCCAAGGGAAUAACUUAGAGAUCUGCCUCUUGCCUUUGGACAUGGGACCUUGUAAGGCCCUCAUCCCCAAGUUCUACUAUGACAGGGACCAGAAGAAAUGCCGCAGAUUCAAGUAUGGAGGCUGCCUGGGCAAUGCCAACAAUUUCCACAGUCGGAAACUCUGCGAACACGCUUGCGGAAAUAAGGAGAAAGUUCCUCGGGUUUGUCGAUCAGCAGUCAGAACGUAUCCGUGUGAUAAACCCAAUACAGAGUUUUUCUUCAAUCUGAAAACUAUGACAUGUGAGCCUCUUAGGCCUGGUCUGUGUAGCAGGACUAUGAAUGUGUUCCCCGAGGAAGCUAUGUGUAAGAGCUUAUGUGAACCAAGGAAAAGUAUCCCAUCAUUUUGCUCCAGUCCAAAAGAUGAAGGCCUGUGUUCUGCCAAUGUGACCCGCUAUUAUUUUAAUUCAAGAAACAAAGCCUGCGAGACCUUCACCUACACUGGCUGUGGUGGCAAUGAAAAUAACUUUUAUUACCUGGAUGCUUGCAACCGUGCCUGUGUUAAAGCCUUGAAGAAGCCCAAGAGAAGGAAGAUAGGGGAUUUCCUGCCGAGAUUUUGGAAGCUUCGUUCUUAAGCAUUUUCUCAUACUCAAGGAAACAAAUCAUUAGUAAUUUGCUUUUCUCGUUUUACUGAUGUGCCAAUAUUUUUUAAAUCUGUGUGUUUUUAUUUAUUCCAAGCUGCUUUCCAAAUGUGAAAUUUUCAUUUUCAAUGUACUGUUCAAAUAUUUAAGAGACUGAAUACUUGUGGUGUAUCAGAUAUGAAUGUGAACAUGACUUGCCCAACUUCUUGGGAGAGCUAGCACUAAGUUCAGAAGACGAUGGUUACUAAAAUAACAGAAGGCAAUAUACGUGUGCAAUCUUAACAUGUCUGAGCAUCAACAGCAAUGGCAAAACCAUUUCAUUAUGAACUUAAAGGUUUGGAUUAAAUUUUAGGUUCCAGGAGACAAGAAGCUGACUUAUGAACACUUUAUUCAAUCAUUCCACUGGGGUAUUACUUAUACCUUGCCAAGUAUACUAGAAUUCCUUUCUUGCCAGAUUGCAAUAUUAUAAAGAAGGAGAGUAAUUUCAAAGAUAUAAUUAUUAUUGGAUGAAUUUAAAAUUGGUAAUUUAUGAAAAGAAGAAUAUUUUUCCUAGAAAAACAUGUCUUGAUAUAUUCAAAUCUGUGUUUCUUUAGUUUUCCAUAUUUGACAGGUAAAAUCUUCUUUGACCAUGUGUGCUGCAUUACUCCCUCAGACAAAGUGUUCUGGAGAACAGAAAUCACUGGAUCUUUUGUACUAUGUAAGAUGUAUCCUGCUCCAAAAUGCAUGUAUGAUUUAACUUGAAUUUUAUAAAUAAAUUUUUUAAAGUGGUUCUUACAAUAA